AUGUAUAAGCUGGGGAGAGGAAACCGCGACAAGGUGCAGCAGUUCAUGACCAUAACCGGCGCCAGUGAGAAGGUUGCCCUUCAGGCACUGAAAGCAAGUGAUUGGCACUUGGAAGGAGCUUUUGACUUCUUCUAUAGCCAACCUCAGAUUUCUGCAGUCAAUACUCGGCAUCUUGAAGAUAUUUUCAACAGAUAUAAAGAACCUGAUGGUGAUAUGAUCAUGGUGGAAGGAAUAUCUCAACUUUGCAAUGAUCUGCAGGUGGAUCCUCAGGAUAUUGUCAUGCUUGUCAUAUCAUGGCACAUGAAAGCCGCCACAAUGUGUGAAUUUACUCGUCAGGAAUUCAUUGGUGGACUGCAGUCAAUUGGGGUAGAUUCAAUUGAGAAGUUUCGUGGAAAAUUACCAUCAUUACGAGCUGAGCUAAAAGAUGACAAUAAGUUCCGUGAUAUAUACAACUUUGCAUUCACUUGGGCAAGGGAAAAGGGUCAAAAGUCUCUCUCACUGGAGACUGCUAUUGGAAUGUGGCAGUUGCUAUUUGCUGAAAGGAACUGGCCUCUUCUCGAGCAUUGGUGUCAGUUUUUACAGGUCAGGCACAAUAAAGCCAUAUCUAGAGACACAUGGGCCCAGCUGCUGGAAUUUGUAAAGACGAUUGAUCCACAGUUAUCCAACUAUGAUGACGAAGGUGCCUGGCCCUACCUCAUAGACGAAUUUGUGGAAUACCUGACUGAGAAUGGGUUCGUCCAGCGUAAAAGAUGA